AUGGAGAAACGUAAACCCGCCGGCCUGCUGCCCUCACCGUAUCACCUCCUCACCGUGCCCCCGGACCUGCCGGGGACCCUGCCCCGCCUCCCUCUCAGGGACCCGCUCACGGUCUCCCGGCGUCUGGACGCCGCGUGUGGGCCGCGGGCGCCCGGGGGCUGCGCCGCGAGGCCGCCCUGCCGGCUCCUGCCGCUGGAGGGCGCCCUGGAGCCCGCCUUCCUCCGCCGGCGCAACGAGCGCGAGCGGCAGCGGGUGCGCUGCGUGAACGAGGGCUACGCGCGCCUGCGAGACCACCUGCCCCGGGAGCUGGCCGGCCGGCGACUCAGCAAGGUGGAGACGCUCCGCGCCGCCAUCGGCUACAUCAGGCACCUCCAGGAGCUGCUGGAGCGCCACGGCCGGGGGCAGGAGGGCCCCGCCGGCGCCCGCAGUCCGCGCCCGGCCGAGUGCAACAGCGACGGCGAGUCCAAGGCCUCGUCGGCGCCUUCGCCCUGCAGCGAGCCCGAGGAGGCGGGCAGCUAG